AUGAGGUUAGGAUCCAUAUCAUCUCUAUCUUGUGAUCAACUGUGUAAAUAUUUACAUUCAUCACUUGGUGAUGAAUAUUCAAACAUCAUUAAUAGUUUUAAAAUAAAUCAAGUCACUGGUGAUGAUUUUGUUUUAUUUGAACAAAAAGAUUAUGAAACUUUAUCAGUACCUUGGAAAUUUCAAAAAAAACUUAAAGAAAUACAAGGUUCUGGUGUUGUAGAUAAUCCAGGCUCAACUCCAAACCCAAGCCCAAACCCAAGUCCAAACCCAGUACCUGGCAAUACUUCAAAUGCACCAACAUCAACAGGUAGAGAAUCACUUGAGACCCAAAGAGAUAUCAUACAAAUGAAAAGUAAAAUUGAUCUUCUCAGUAAUUCAUUGUUACAACUAGUUGAGCAAAUGAAAGUUACCAAACCACCUACAAAUAACUUUUCAAAUUUAUCACCAGCAACACAAAAUAAAAUAUUGAAUCCAUCACCUCAAUCAAAGAGAAUCCCAAUCAUUGAUCCAACAUGUGUUGGUGCCAACUCAAUUCCAAAAUUAACUGGUGAAGUGCCUUCUUUAUAUGAUGCCACAUUACUACCAAAUUUACCAAAAGGAAGAGGCAAGCCAGUUUCUCUUCCAUCUUCUUGUGAUGGACCAAGUGAUGAUGUUGUUUUUUCUCAAGUUUAUGAUGAAUCAAAGAACUGUAUUGCAAUAAUACCAAAUGUUCCAAAUCCAUAUGAUAUUUCAAGUUAUGGAGAGUAUGUAGUAACUAUAUUUGAUGAAUCUGGCCAAAGAGAAGUCUUAAAAUCAUUGGUUAAUGUCAAUCCACCUGAAAGCAUUAUACUUCCCAAAAAGUUUAUGAUUAAAACACCUCUUAGUGAACCUAUAGAUGGUACUAUUGAAUUGAUGUAUGGUGGUAGAAAUAUGUUUACUGGCAGUGUUACACAAGGUGAUGCUGAUCUUCCUCUAAACCUCUUGGAUGGUACAUUUGAGGUUAUCAUUAAACCCAAUAAGAGUAAUUUAUUACCUUUAAAGUUUAAAAUGAUUAUACAUGACUCUGUAAGAACCACUUCAAGCCAUCAAAAUGUCGGUAGACCUAAAAAGCCUAAAGAAAUGGAUUUCGUUUUAGCUUGGGGGGAAUCACCACUGGAUUUGGAUUCUCAUAUGUGGUGUAUUCAUCCUAAUGGUUCUAUUAGUCAUGUUUAUUUCGGGGGUAGGAGUGUAGAUAAAAUGUCCUUGGAAGCUGAUACUCAAAAUGGUUUUGGUCCCGAAACCAUAAGUAUUAUACGUUUAGAUGGUUGUAAAUAUGUUUAUGCAGUUCAUAAUUUCUCAACUGAAGGAGAAAUAGCUCAAUCAGGUGCCAAGCUUACAAUUGCCCAUGAAACCUCAACAUUAUUUGAAAGAUGUAUCCCAAACACUCGACAAACUGGUGCAAGAUUUUGGGUAGUAUGUACUAUUGAUGGAACAUCUGGAGAUAUUGACUUCAAAGAUCAUUUUGAAUUCCACAAUUCACAAACAGAUAUUCCAUUAAAAUAUAAAUAA